GCAUCUUCGGCUCCUCGGGUUCCUUUCCUCCAAUCAAAACAGACCAUGCGGAGCUACACCAUUCUUACUUUGCUCCCGCUUUUCUUCUUCAAGUCAGGCCCGGGUCUACAGAUCCAGUGCUACCAAUGCGAGGAGGUCGCCCACGACUGCACCACGCCAGAGUUUGUGGUCAACUGCACCAUCAACGUGCAGGACAUGUGCCAGAACGAGGUUCUGGUGAAGGAAGACGGAAUACACUACCGCAAAUCCUGCGCUUCCUCGGGAGCUUGUCUCAUCGCUUCUUCCGGCUAUCAGCAGUUCUGCACUGGCAAGAUGAACUCAGUGUGCAUCAGCUGCUGUAACACACCACUGUGCAACGGCCCGCGCCACAAGAGAAGACCCCCAGUGUCUCGCUCUGUUAGCCUGACUGCCCCAUUUUUCACAGUUUUUGCACUCUCGGGCUUGCUCUCUUCAUUAAACACUGACGGCGGACGGUUUUAA